CAGCGAAGUGGGACAGAGUGCAAACUGCACCUGUCAUACAGUCGGAUAAAGAGACACUGGCAUUCAAAUGAGCCACUGCAAGACAGUGUAUAGGAAGACUGCUGUAAGAGCUGCCAUGCUGAGAAGAGGCAGGAGUGGCCGGACUCGGCAUGUGGCCUGGAGCGAAACUCGACAAGAGACAGAUGCCAUGGCAGUGAUCCAGGGAAUAGACAAGGAGGAAUGGGAAGGACAGACGACAACACAGAUCAGCGAUGUGGAGUCUGAGGUGGAUUACCUGGAGACUUCUCAGGUUGUAUCUGAGGUGGUGGCCUUGCCCAGCACAGUGCCGGUGAUAGGGGAGUCCUUCUGCCAGUGUGAGCGACAGGAGGAGCUCAGUCCGGGCUUCGGCGUCACCAGUGACUGUCUCUGUGGGGAGGAGGAUGAGGGUUUCGACUGGGAGUGGGACGAGCACUUCAAGUCUUCUGGAGCCUUCCUCAGCUGCGACAACAGGAAGGUGAGCUUUCACUCAGAUUACAGCUGCGGCACAGCGGCCAUCCGCGGCACCAAGGAGCUGGCAGACGGCCAACACUUCUGGGAAGUCAAGAUGACCUCUCCCGUCUAUGGAACCGACAUGAUGGUGGGAAUUGGAACAUCAGAGGUGAAUCUGGAGAAGUUCAAAUUCAGCUUUGGCAGCCUGCUGGGUCAUGAUGAAGACAGCUGGGGACUCUCCUACACAGGUCUCCUCCAGCACAAAGGGGACAAGGUGAAGUUCUCCUCCCGGUUCGGACAGGGCUCCAUCAUAGGAGUGCACCUGGACACCUGGCACGGCACCCUGACCUUCUACAAGAAUCGGCACUCCAUAGGCGUUGCUGCCACCAGGCUGAGGAACAAGAAGUUCUACCCCAUGGUGUGCUCCACAGCAGCUAAAAGCAGUAUGAAGGUGAUCCGUGCCUGCUACACACCCACCUCCCUGCAGUAUCUUUGCUGCACUCAGCUCCGCCAAAUGUUCCCCGGCUGCCCCAACGUGCUUACUGCUAUGCAGCUGCCUCCGGGCCUGCGCACACUCCUCCACGUACAGCUGGGCUGGGUCUUCACCCUCAGCAGCAGCCCCGAAGCCUCGGAGAAGCCCGAGGACUUGCCCGAGGACUCGCUCGAGGAUUUCCACGAGGAUAUGAGCCUGCCUUGCAGCCCCGUCCCCAGCCCGGUGUCCACCCUGAGUGCCUGCGCCUCCCCGAGCCCCUGCACCAGCCCCUUCCUCGACACGGUCUUGUACCAGUGCCCCUGUCAAACAGCACCUCAAACUCAACCCUGCACCUGCCACUGCCCUCCAACUCCACCCAGCAGCGACUACGACAGCUGCUGCUCCGAGCCAGAGGAUUACCAAUGCAAAAGGUGCCGCUGGACAUGACCUAGUAGUCAAAACCCGUUUAAGUGUUUGGCACACAGCUAUUCUACUAUUGCCAUCAACGUCUCCUGUUGCAGAUUAUGGAGAAAAGAACAAUCUCAGCUUUUAGCCAAUAUUUCUGGGAUAAUUCUCCUUUUUUAUUUAGCAGGUUUAUGACUCAAUUUCAGGGUUCGUACAGCUUUUUAAAAGUAAAAUUUAAGCACUUUUAACGUACCUAAACCAAAUAUUGCCAGAUUCUUGAAGCCUUUAUCAUCACAUCUAAACUGUUACAACAAAUGUAGAAGAAAUAUUUUAUAUAUUCAUUUAUAAAUACCCUUACCAGACAAUGCAUACUUUAUUUUACUUGCUGUUCAUACAUAUUAACCCUGAUUUUUAGCUUUAAUCAUGAUUAUUAUUCAUGUUUGCUAAUUUCCAAAGUAUAGUGCUUGUUGAAAAUCAAGCAUUUUUUCGAUAUUUACGAGUAUAUUCAAAUUCAAACAUACUCCUUAUCUCGAAAACAUAACGUUUAAAAUGAAUCAUCUUUCAACCUAUGUACGAACCCUGGAUUUUGUCAAUGAAUGGAGAGAAGGGAGUGAGAGUGUAGUCAGUGAGACAUUUAAUGAAGAUGAGAUUUUAGGGUGACAUCUGGGUCAUUCACAUUUUAGCCAAUUUCUAUCAUGGGGUUAAUAAUGAUAUAAUCAUAAUAAUAAUAAUAUGCCAGUCUCUGUCUCUGGAAGGCCUCAUGUUUGCCAGAUUAGACUGACAAAAAAAAAGGUGCAGGUACACUGGCUGUUCUCAGGGCUAGACUCCAGGGUGAAGGAGUUGCUUUUUUGAUACUGUGGAAAUAACUUUUUGUAAAAGUGUUUUGUAAUCAGCAUUUGGCUUGAACAUCAACCGUGGUUGUGUUCUUGCUUUAUAAGAGGAUUUGUUUUUC